UACGCGAUCGUGUAUUUCCUUCUUAGUCUUGACAGUGAACGAAAGUCCUGACCGCUUGGUCAGAUUAAUUCAGAAUCAGAACUAUAUGCAGUUAAGGUUUUUGACAUCUUAUCUACGUUACAUAAGGCGAAAAAAGAAAGGCCCGCUUUUGUCCGUGGUUUGGCCCAGUGUGUGAGCAACGGUGGUCCGAUGGCGUGGUAGGAAGCAAGUUCAGUUUGAUUGGUGUGCUUUCGGGGUCUGGCGAUGAAUCGGUGCGUGUGGGCGGCGCUAAAGAUGGUGUCCUGUGAGGGACCUGCCAUCGCGAAAUCAAAUACAUCAGUGUUUGGAAGCAAAGGAAAGCAUAUUCUUUCACGGUGUGCACGGCAGUCAAGUCUUUCGGGUGGCUCCAGAAGAUUAAGAACAGCCAUCGGAAUGCCAGAAAUAAACACGGAUAACCUGGACGAGAAGCAGGUCCAGCUUCUCUCGGAGAUGUGCAUCCUGAUUGAUGAGAACGACUGCAAAACGGGGGCUGACAGCAAGAAGAAUUGUCACCUGAAUUCGAAUAUCGACAAAGGUUUGCUACACAGGGCGUUCAGCGUCUUUCUGUUCAAUAGCGAAGAAAAACUACUGCUGCAGCAAAGAUCUGAUGCCAAGAUCACUUUUCCGGGGUGUUUUACCAACACGUGCUGCAGUCACCCCCUGCACACCGCCAGUGAGCUGGAGGAAAAGGAUGCUUUGGGGGUGAGGCGUGCUGCACAGAGGCGGCUGGAGGCAGAACUGGGGAUCCCCCAGGAUCAGGUCCCCCCAAAGGAGAUGACGUACCUGACACGGAUACACUACAAGGCCCAGUCAGAUGGGAUCUGGGGAGAGCACGAAAUCGACUACAUUCUGUUCAUGCAGAAGGAUGUGGAGCUCAGCCCGGACCCCAACGAGAUCAAAAGCCACUGUUAUGUCACCAAAGAGGAGCUGAAGGACAUGCUGGAGAAGGCCAGGAAAGGAGAGCUGCAGAUCACCCCCUGGUUUAGUCUGAUUGCAGAGACUUUCCUUUUCAAGUGGUGGGACAACCUCCACAACCUGAAGCAGUUCAUGGAUCAUGACAAAAUCCACAGGAUGUGAAGGAAGUCUCAUUCUAUUAACUGACAGGAAGUCAGUUAAUUGAUCAUGUGAAAAAGCUGCUAUCAAGGUUGUAAUGUAUUAGAUAAUUCUUUUGAGUUCCUUCUCCUCACAGGAGCUGAGCUAAAAUUAGGUUUUUGCUAAUAAAUGUAUAUUUUUCUAAAGUGCCUGGUUAACAUUAAAACCACAUCAUGGAGGACUGCUUUAUGUAGAGGUUUGUUACUGUGAAGUAUCCCACCGCAGUGUACAUUAAAUGGUGAUAUCAGUUGACUGUGGUCUGCCUUGUACAUGACUGAAUAAAAGAUCCCACUUGGAAUUCCAGUUUCCUUUUUCAAUUAACUAAAAAAACAGCUUAAAUA